UCAUGCAGGCAGCACUGCGGCUGAACUGCGGAGGAGGAGUUUGCUGGAACUCAUUUCCACAGAGCCAGGACUGGUCGUAAUUUAUAGGAAGGAUACCGUUAUCACGCAGAGAGCGUUUUUGAAAUCCAAAUAUAUUCCUAAUAUAGUUUUCAGUUUUUGUACUAUAUUGUCAUGAACUUGUAACAUGAAACAGUACCUGUAUUUUCAGACGAUGGCCUUGUUUUUUGUUCACGAUAGGGCUGCCGUUUUCCUGCUGUUUUAAAAGCCCACAGUCACACACAAUGUGGUACAGAAACGAUUUUGAAGACGGAUACGAAUCUAAUAAAACAGGCUCCAUUAGUGGUGGCUCUCCAGGAUGGAUCCCUGGCCAUGAAUCAGUCUGGCACACCAACACCCCUGGCCCUGGAAACAGUAUCUUUGGUGGUCGCCGACACAGCACAGUGUCUGACAGUGGUGACACUGGCAUAGGCACUUACUGCUCUGACAGCUUGGAAGACGACUCCAGUUCAAGUACCACACCUUUGUCUUGCCCGCCUCAGGCCCAGCAUCACUUGCACCAGGACGAUGAUGAUGGCAUCCCUAUUGUCCAUGUCAUGCCGUCCCCAUCCUUGUCACCCUGCAGCAGUUUUAGAAUACCACCCUCCCCCAGCAGAACAAAUCACUCGAGCGGGUCUUGCCAGCUAUUUAUGCCAGCUAUGUCUCCCUUGGAUGCACCAUGCUGUCUGGAUAUGAAAGACCACCAGCCCAUCCGGAGGUGGUCCUCUCUCACUAAGUUGUCAUCUGGGGCUGAUAAGAGCUGCUCUAGGACAUCAGGCAAUCAGUACAACCCAGGCUCACAAGGCUCUCUGGACAGGGGUCUGCGAUAUGGGUACAGAAAGGAGCCCCUUGGUUCAACUGUGGACCUUUAUCUGCCUUUAUCUUCCUCUUUGCUCUGCCAUAGCUUGCUGCAGCGCUCACCAGGUAGUGGCCCAUACUACCAGUACCACAGCAGUAGAGCCACUGGUUUGGACACAGACCUAUCCCUUUCCUCAGCCCUGUCCUCACCGGUAAAACACAACAGUUUGGACAUGAACUAUAGUGCUUUAUCGGAUGCAAAACUGGCUCGCGGAGGUGGACAGGUUUAUGGCCUCAGCUUACCCAAACAAGCAGACUCACCACUGGGUCAUCAGACUGAUAGAGGCUCCCCAAUUCAGACUGCAUUUCGUACCCAGAUGUGGCUGACUGAGCAGAUGGAGUACAGGCCCACAGUACAGUGUAGAGGUAAAUCUAGUCAGAUCAACACUGGAACAGAGGGCUGCAGUGCAGAUGGGUUGUCACCAUGGCAGCAGGGACAUCAGAAGGAACCAGGGCUUAACCAGAUGCUGAUUGGGACCACCCUUCCUGUCAACACUCUGGUGAAGGUUAAGGAGGGGCUGCUGAGACAGAGAGAGUUGGAGAUAGAUAGACAAAAGCAGCAGAUCUUGCAACUUCAUGCCCGGAUCCGAGAGAAUGAGCUCAGAGCACAGCAGGUCCUGCAGAGCCAGAGAGGGUGGUUUGACGACGUUCUAAAUACCAAGGAGUCAGCGAUGAGAGUGCCAUGCAAACAACCAUCUGAUGAAGAACUUGGUAGGAAGCUAUCAGUGGUUGAACUGGAAGUACUCCAUUUGAAUGAGUUCUUCCAGCAAGCCACACAAAAAUAUACAGAAGACAUCAGAAAACUGGAGGAAAAGAUAAAGACAAGAGAUCGCUACAUCAGUAGUUUGAAAAAGAAAUGUCAGAGAGAGAGCGAACAGAACCAAGAAAAACAGCAACGCAUAGAGACGCUUGAGAAAUACCUUUCUGACCUGCCAACGUUGGAUGAGGUGCAGGCACAGUCCCGGCAGGAAGAGUUACAACAGAAGGCCAAGGAUCUGGAGAAAACAAUGUCUCGGUUACAGAAGAGCCUGGAGGAAGGAUGUGCUCUGAUGAAGGAGAAAAACAUCAAGAUUGAGAUGCAGGCAAAGAGAGAGAAAGAGUUAAUUGCAUCUGUACACAGCCUGCAGAAAAAGGUGCAGCAGUGUUUGGACGAUGGGGUGAGGUUGCCAAUGCAGGACCUGAAGCUGCUUGAGGUGGAAAACACUCAACUUCUAGAGCAGCAAGACCACAGCAGCAUGCUGAUUGAGCAUCAAAAAGAACAGAUUGAGAGACUGACCUCGCAACUGACGGCCACCAGUACAAGACUGCAAAAGAAAAGGGGACUUCCUCAUCGACGGCAGUCUUGUCUGCUAGAAAAGGAGGAAAGCCUGGCCACCCCACCCACAGCCCUCCCACAGCAAGUGGAUGACGGGCUGUUGGUGCAUCCUCUAUCCCAUGUGGAGAUACCAGAAAUGGGUCGGCUGCUGAAAGAGAUGUCCCUGUGUCUACUGGACCUCCAGGCUCUCUGCAGCAUCCUGGCUCAGAGAGCGCAGGGGAAAGAGCCCAACCUGUCAGUGCUUCUGGGCAUGAAAUCAUUGAGUGUUUCAGCGGAGGAGGGUGACUGCAGAGAGAAGGUAGAAGAUGAAUUGAGAUUCAAACUGCUAGAGGUCAGCCAGCUGAGGAGAGACAUCGAUGGGCUGAGGAAAACCAUCUCAGACUGCUAUGCUCAGUAUAUGGGUGAUCUGUCUCCUCCAGUGACGGCACUUAACUAACCCCAAUGUGUAUUUUAACUCUUUUACUUCUCAAUACUUCAUAGUCCACAUAAUUAUAUUAAAUUUAAGAAUUAUAUGGUCUAUAACAAUGCAGGCUUUCUCUAGAGAAGUGUUUUAUGUCACUCUCAUGGUGUGAUUUGUACAUCAUGACAGACGAUGUUAAUGCGUCAUGUCAACUAGUGUUGUUGAGCCUUCCCACAUAAGGCGUAAUUGGCCUUCACAUUUGUUGUGGAGUCAAUUGGACUGCACCAGAGCUCACCUAAAAGGUGUAUAUCAGACUUCUACACUCAACACUAAACUUUUAGAAAUUAAUAAUGUUGGGGCACACUGGUAGCUAAGUUAUUUGAUACUAUUUGCCAUCUUUACUGAGCAACAGUUUUGUGCAAAAGUAAUUAAACACCUGUCCUUUAUAGAUGCUUGUCCCAAAUACAUGCUUGUCCCAAAUACAGACAGUUUAAAUCCAGUGAUUGAAGCAAAUAAAAGCCUGAGCUAUAACUUGAGGUUCUACAGUAAUUCAAUUCAAUGACUCUUUCAGUUCUACUGCAUAAGAUGUUACCAGGGAAAUGGAAAACUUAAAUUUUUUAUUGCGAAAUGCAUGAAAAUAUAAAUUGAUAAUCUUUUUUUUUAUUAUUAUUAUGCAAGUGACCAUGGUUUAAGCGGAAUAAUACCCUUUGAGGUGUCCAUAAUUUAGGAAUUAACCUUGUCUGGCAUUAUCGCUUACAUCAAGCACAAUCUAUCAAACAAAUAAACAAAAUCAAAAUCAAA